AUCUCCAGCUGAUUUGGUAUAGCUUCUUGUGUUAUUUGUGUAGCUUUUGGCUGAUGUGUAAUAUGUCUUUAGAGAUUCUUUUCAAUUUGAUCAUUUUUUAGCACAUCUUUACAUUCGACAAUUUUUCAACAUUUAUUCUUCAUGAUUUAACAUAAUUGUGACUAUUUUCCUCGAGCUAGCCUGUUUAAUAUCUAAUGGAAUCUGACAAUGUGGAACUCUUAUUUGAGACUAACUCAAUAGCUCAAAUUGAGGAGAUUGAAGCCAAACUCAAAAAGGAGAUUGAGAAAAGAAAAGAUGACUUGAAGCAAAUUAUCGGGGAAAAAUAUAAAGAUUUGAUUGAUGUGUCAGAUGGCUUGCAAAUUAUGGCUCAAAGGUGUUUGGUUGUGGUUGAAGAAAUUGACAACCUGGAUAAAUCGUUUCAUCACUUUAAAUCGAAAGUUACUCAGGGAUUGAGUAGCAAACAGAAAUUAAGCGAUAGUCCAGUUAAUAAAGGGAAUUUAUUGCAGUGGGAGUUUGCCAUCAAAUGUAAAAUUAUAGUUAAAUCUCCAUCUAAGAUCUGGUAUUUUUUAGAUGUUAACGAUAUUCUAUCCGCAACUUUCUACUAUUCACAAGUUUGUUAUGUUUGGCAUAGAUUGAAAGAUUCAUUUACUGAAAUCACACAGAACAGACCGAACAUCGUAACUCAAUAUGCAAACAUUGUUUGUAACUUCUCGUCAAUCCUGGUGAAUCAAGCAUGGAAAAAUGUUUCGUACUCUAGAAAAGUUACUCUGGAACCAGAAUCAAUCGCCUUAAAUCUGAUGUGCAUCUCAAUUUUACAAUCUUUUAAUCCUAGUCAACUAUUAGAGACGUUGUUAGAAACGCGAUACCAACAAAUGGCCAAUUUAUUCAUCAACCGUUCCCCUGACUUUGCAGAUAUUUGUCUCGAUCUUUUUGGAAAUUUAUUUGAUACUUGUAGAUUAGCUUACCUAGUUUUUGUGGAAGACAUGGGCAUUCCAAACUAUCUGGCGCGUUCAAAAGAUAUUGUUGAAAAAUUUCAAGCUAGUCAAGAGCUUUUCUGCAAUCAUCUAUAUUUAAGUUUGGUACCAAAUGAAAUCAAAAAUUUUCGUCUCAAGUCGCAUUUCACAGAUCAUGAACUUGAAAUGAGCCAGGUUAAAACGAUGUGCAAUAAUUGGAUCCAACAAGUUUAUAAAAACAUAAUUCCUAAGUUUUCAGAGAUUGUCAGCAAAGUCGAUUCAAUAUUUACGUUGUUCACUGUUUUAAAGGAAGCAAACAGCCUGUUGGAGGAUUCAAAUAGAUUGUUAAACUGGACAGAUCUAAAUGAUAUACUAUUCGACAAUGAAGUAUCUAUAUGGCAAUUCUUCCUUAAGGAUACUGUAAUGAAACAUAUGGAAAUUUUAAUAACUUCUUCAGUUACCAAUACAUACAAAUGUCUCCAAUCUUCAAUUCAAGCAAUAUUGACAUCAGCAAUGGAUGAACCAGUGGCACUGAUUGAUGUUAUUUGGAAAUAUGAAUCAAGUGAACAGGAUAGUUUGUCAAUGAAAGCUUACGGUCUGAUUGAAGAAAACCUCAAAGUUUGCCAUCCUUUUGAACAACAAUUGGAGAUAAUUUCGGAGCAAUUAUCCAUUAUACAAGAUAAUGCCUCACAAGGAUUUUUACCUUCUAAAGAUUUGAUUACUCUGCAAAGUAUUUUCAUUUCAGCAUUAGUAGACAAUUUAAGUAACUUUAUUGAUUAUUUUGAUAAUCUAUGUGUCGACAAAAGUCAAAAUAUGCUCAGAAUGGCCAAUAUAUACCGGACGCUUGUCUAUGGCUGCCCUAAAUUUGCUGGUUGCCAUUCUAUGUUUUCUAAAGACCAAUCUGAUUGGACACGAUCUCGUGUUUUAUUAAGGAAUGCUUACAACAAAUUAUUCAUUGACUAUUUAUCGCAAAAACUCACGGAUUUAACUGGUGAAUUCUCUAAAGAAAUGGAUAUGAAAUCCAUUACUAAUUUCUUAGAUUUAUGUUUAACAUGGGAAGAGAUAACGUUGGAGGAAACAUUAGAGGAUGGCAAAACAAUUAAAUCUAAUAUAAGGAUUCCAAUGCAGAUUUCUAUUCCUCUCUAUAGUUUACUGAAGCAAUUAAACAUAUCGAUAAAUAAUAUUGGUGCGCAUACCAUGAGUAAAAAAGCUAUUAUGUUCAUUUUGAGCAAACUUGGUUUACAAAUCAACUCUUAUUAUCAACAACUUCUUGAGAAUAUUCUUGCUAAAGAUAUACCAAAAAAUGUUAAACAUACGCUAUUUUUACAAUUCUACUUUGAUCUUUCUUUUAUGCAACUGCUAUUUGGAUUAACCAAGGAUGAUAACAUUAAGAAGGAGAUUAAGCCAUUAUUAAAUGAUAAUAUUAACAAUUAUCAAAGCCAAAUCGAUCCUUUUGAUUUGCACGUUCUUCAGCCUCAUUUCCAAUCUUCUGUUUCUCGGUGCAUUAAGAGCACAGGGCUUCUCUUUGGUACCCUAAUUGGUCAAUCUACAUCCACGAUAUCAUCAUCAACUCCAUCACAAUCAACCAUUUCUACAUCAAAUGUUAAAUCAGAAACAAAAGCAGAUUCUCCCAACCCAAUUCCUAGCCAUUCUCUAAGCUUUAAAUUUCCUCUUCUGCAAAAAUCCAGGAACAAAAUGUGAUUAUUUUUUACUAAUUAUAUUUACUAAAUUAAAUUAUUUUUAUUUGUCAAA